AUGCCGCGGGGUCUUGCUGUCGCGCUUCGCGACUGGGACACAACAUCGCCACAAGAGCCUCUGGAGACGCACUUGGGCGUUGACUUCCCUUUGCCUCUGCCCUCCAGCCGUCGCCGGGAUAUAGCCGUGGAGUUCCUGUCAUCCAGCCAAAGUAGCGCAGGAUCUUUCAAACCCACGUCCUUCAAGUGCACGAAGCAGCCCGACGUUCCUUCGGGGCCGAAGAUUUGCUGGCACUACCCAGGCGAGGACACAUCUGCAGCAAUGCUGACGCCCCCCGAAGAUUCUGGCGUCCACUGUACGGAUUCAGUCAACAAGGCCUGGAGGAUGAAAGUGGCGAAGUUCAUGAAGGUCAUGACUUACUUCGGCGGCGGGCUGCUGGUGGGUGGCGUGGCCACGCUCGUGCGCCAUUCUGUCCAGGAGUUCUGCCCCCCUGGUUCCAUCAAUUGGGCCUUGCUUUGCAAUCCGGCCCUCUGGUUCCCGGCAGAGGAGGAGGACAAAACCGCUGCCAGCGCAGCGGCAAAGGCGAAGGGCCGUCCGAAGUUCAAGCCCAAGGCAAAGCCGAAGGCACGUGCCGAUGAAGAAAGCGACAGCUACAGCGACUGA